AUGGAUUUUGGAAGGAAAAGCACUCAAAAGUACACUUUCAGGACUCCUAAGUUAGAGGACUUGAAAAAGUUAGCAUCUUUAGUUACUAGUACUGAGAACUUCCAAGAUCUAUAUGGAAAGCUUUUGUCUAUUUUGGGUAUUGAGAUGGAAGAUGGGCUCCUCAACACUUUGGUCCAGUUUUAUGAUUCUAUGUAUCAUUGCUUCACUUUCUUGGAUUGUCAUCUUAUGCCCACUUUGGAGGAGUAUUCUUAUUUAGUUGGUUUGUCUAUUUCUAAUCAGAUUCCAUUUUAUGGUUUAGAAGAAGAUCCAAAGCCUCUUGAUAUUGCCAAAGCUCUUCAUUUGAAGAAAUUCGAGAUUGAAGAUCAUAUGACUUCUAAGAGUGGUAUUCAAGGGAUUCCUGCCAAGUUCUUGAUAGGAAGAGCUCACUAUUUUGCUGGUAUAAGGAGUGUGGACGCAUUUGAGGCUAUCUUCGCUCUGCUCAUUUAUGGAUUGGUUUUGUUACCCAAUGCUGAUAACUUCGUUGAAAUUAAUUCCAUAAAGAUAUUCUUGAUUGGAAAUCCAGUUCCAACCCUUCUUGGAGACACUUGUUAUUUUAUUCACCAUAGGACUUCGAAGGGUGGGGGAAUGAUUGUUUGUGGCACGCCUUUCUUGUACAAGUGGUUUAUUUCUCACUUGCCGCGGUCUUCUUCCUUUUGGGAUCUCAAUAAUGGAUUAAGGUGGUCACAAAAAAUCAUGGCUCUUACUCACUCUGAUAUUGUACGGUAUAAUCGUGUUUAUGAUGGGGUGAUGACUAUUGAUAGAUGUGAUGAGUUUCUGAAUGUACCCCUUCUUGGUACAAAGGGAGGCAUUAACUACAACCCAGUUUUGGCACGUCGUCAGUUUUGGUAUGCUAUGAGGGGUAAACCAAACAACAUUUGGUUGAGUAGUUUCUAUCUCAAGGAAAAUGAAGAUAAUAGAGCUUUCAAGGAGAAGAUUAUCCGUGCUUGGUAUAAUAUCCGUAGGAAGGGAAGAGAAUAA